AUGAAGAGACUCAUUAACAAAUACGAUAACGCAAGGCCGACGAUUCUUGCACUCCCGAAUGAAUUGCUUAUGAUGGUUGCUGAAUUAUCCCCUAGAAUCUCCUUAACUUGCCGACGCUGCUAUCAUCUCGGGAGCAGAUAUCAGCCAGUGAUAACGGCAAUAUCUGGACCGAAUGCACCAUCUUUUGAUAAGCAUAACACAAAGAAAGUACAUCACGCUACCCUCAAGCGAUUUAAUAGAUAUCUCGAUGAUAUAAUAUUCAAUGACGCCAAAUCUCAGCUGAUAACACAAGUCAAGUAUAAGCAUAAUGGCUUCACAUUCGAUGUAGAAAGCAGCACGAUUAGUAAAAUCAGAAGUCUACCCAAUUUAUCCAAAUUUGUUUACCAAACUGACUACCUUGAUGCUGGAAUUAUCAAUAAUUUCUGGAACUUCACUAAACUUGAACAGUUGAAUAUCAAAUUGUAUGAUAAACCGUAUAAUCUUAACAGGGAUAUCACAAGAUUAAUGCAGAUACCAACAUUGAACAUAGUAGCCUUUGAUUUUCCAUGCACGUCUUACAGUAAUAACAGUCUGUACGGCUUCGUCGCAGAACUUGAAGAUCUUAGCGCAUAUAUACCAAUCCGGGAGGAUUUCAAACUAGUUGUUAACUUCUGCCAUACCACUAGCUGUCGUCAUUUCGGUUGCAAUUACGAGAUGAAAAAUGAGAGUGAGGGACAUACAGCACUCGAGGGGGACAAAUGUCCAAUUAAAAAGUCCUAUUUAGAGUCCAUUGCACAACAGAAUCGCGAAAAGAAAGAGUUGUUGCUAGGUAUGAGUUGGGGGGCAAGAGGUGGUAAUUCAAGUGGUUCAGAUCCUGCCCAGAGAUCACUUGAAUGAAUAGCGAUAAUCUACAAAUAAUAUCAUACAAUGUCCAAAAAUCACAUACUGUCAUGGAAUCCAUAAUAAAUAACCCAAUCACACAUAACGUCCA